AGCUUCUGUCUACACAGCUGUGGGGUGCUUCUCCUCCAGCUGCCUGGGAGCCUGAAGCUUUCCUUCUGCGCCUGGGGAAAAUCUGCAGUCAACAUCCUCACUGGUCACUGCUGCAGCUACUGACAGAGCUCUUUUGCAGAGUGGCUGAAAGGCCUGCUGGGAUCACCUACUGUCCAGUCUUUAGGACCUCCCUGCGGGGGACUCUGUGUUUGGGAGAUGAGGAGUCCUGGAGGCCGGAGUCAGACCCUGGACCAAGCACACAGUAUGACCUGUCUGGGACCAGGGCUGCCCUCCUACUGGCUGUGAUUCAAGAUCGGCUAGGAGCACAGCAUGAUGUGACAGCAUUGAGUGACCUUUGCCAGGCCUUGGGUUUCGAGGUCACCCUGAGGACAAACCCUUCAGCUCAGGCCUUCCGGAAGGAACUGGCUCAGUUUCGGGAAAAGCUGGAUACUCACAAGGGCCCUGUGAGCUGUGCCCUGGUGGCCCUGAUGGCCCAUGGGGGGCCACAGGGGCAGCUGCUGGGGGCUGAUGGUGAAGAAGUACAGCCAGAAGUGCUGGUGCAGGAGCUGAGCUGCUGCCGGGCACUGCAUGGCCACCCCAAGAUCUUCCUACUCCAGGCCUGCCGUGGGGGGAACAGGGAUUCUGGUGUGGGGCCAAGAGCUCUCCCAUGGUACUGCCGUUGGCUGAGAGCACCCCCAGCUAUCCCGACUCAGGCAGAUGUUCUCCAGAUCCAUGCUGAUGCCCCAGGCAGCCUUGUCAGCUCAGGUCAAGCAGACAUCCUUACUGUCUACGCAGCUGCCGAGGGCUGUGUGGCUUAUCGGGAUGAAAAGGGCUCAGACUUUGUCCAGACACUGGUGGAGGUCAUCAGAGCCAACCCUGGACGAGAUCUCCUUGAGUUGCUGACUGAGGUCAACAGGCGGGUGUGUGAGCUGGACGCCCUGGGGCCAGACAGUGACGCGCUGCGCAAAGCCUGCCUGGAGAUCCGCAGCUCGCUCAGGCGCCGGCUCUGUUUAUAGGACUAACAACCUCCUCACGUCCCCUACCUCCCCUCUUCACACCCUGUCAUCGAUGCAGCAGUUUGGGCGUGGCAGCUCAGAUAGCGCCAAUAAAUAUGUGUUCACGAUUGGUGUGCUCCUGGAAAAGCAUCCUCUUUCUGAAAUACGGAGAUAGUGGGAAAGUGCUUGGCGGUAGAUAGGGGAACGACGGUACUUCCGGGAACCAGAGGUUGA